GGCCGGCCGGGGCGGCUCCGACUGCGCUGGCCGGCGCUGCCGCCGACGCGCGGGAGGCGAGGUGAGGCGAACCGAGCCCAGCUGAGUUGAUGAGGAGCGAGCAGAGCAGAAUUUCCACCAGGUAUUUCCAUGACGGCAGAUGCCCCCGGGGAUGAGCAGGACAGUGCUGGCCGGAGCCCUUUCUCUCUCCCUUUCUCAGAGGAUAGCUUGGGGUUACAGGAGAUCAAGGCAUACAGUGGAGUCUUCUCAGGGAAGAUGUCGUCUUUGACCAUGAGAAGCCGUUGUGUGGACAAAAGAGGAAGUUUCUUUAAGCUCAUUGACACAAUUGCCUCAGAAAUCGGAGAACUGAAACAGGAGAUGGUACAGACAGAUCCCCCAGUGGAAGAUGAAUCUACUGAUUGGCAAAGUCUAAUCAAGGAUAUGGAUAAUAUCUCUCCUGAAAAAAAUGAUGUCAAAAGCUGCCCCCGGGACUCUGGAUACGACAGCCUAUCCAACAAGCUGAGCAUAUUGGACAAGCUCCUCCAUACCCACUCUGUGUGGCUGCAGCUUGGUCUGAACGAUGCUGAAGCCUUGGAAAUUUUGCAGACACAGCCUCCUGGGAUAUUUCUGGUUAGGAAGUCUGCAAGGCUGCAGAGGAAAGUCAUCUCUCUGCGUGUGUCCAGUGACUGUGGGUCCUGCCUGAAAGAAUUUGCCAUAAAGGAAAGUACAUACACAUUUUCCUUGGAAGGGUCUGCAAUAAGUUUUGCUGAUUUGUUCAGACUCAUUGCUUUCUACUGUAUUAGCAGGGAUGUCCUUCCAUUCACACUGAAGUUGCCUCAUGCAAUUUCUGCAGCAAAGACAGAAGCUGAACUUGAAGAGAUUGCUCAGCUUGGACUGAACUUUUGGAGCUCCCUGGCUAACAGCAAACCCCCGGAUCCUUCACCUCCCUGUAGGCCUGUGCCUUUGGACAGUGCUCGCAAAGACUCGCGCCAGCUCUGCCUUAUAAAUGGAGUGCAUUCUAUACGAACCAGAACGCCCUCGGAGCUGGAGUGCAGCCAGACCAACGGAGCGCUGUGUUUCAUUAAUCCCCUCUUCUUAAAAGUGCACAGCCAGGAUGUCAGUGGAAGUCUGAAAAGGCAGAGCCCCAGAACUCCAGACGUGAAUGGCACAGCGAGGGCUCGCUCCCCCCCGCCCCGGCCGCCACCUCCUGCUAUUAAUAGCACCCUGACGAGCCCGCAGAUUUCCAGGACUAUAAAGCAGGCGAGCAUGCCAGAAACACUCAGCCACAAGAAGGAGAGGGGCUCGGAUUUGCUGCAGAACAAGCCCACCCCGAUUCCGCCUCCUCGGCUGAAGAAGCAGGCGCUGUGCUCCGAGGCAGACGGGGCCUCCAGGAGCGCGGCCGCGCUCCGGCCCCGCGCCUCCGCGUGCCUGCCCGAGGCGGCCCCGGCUGCUCCUCCGCGUGAAUCCCCGCCAGCCCUGCCCCAGCCGGCUCCAGCGGCUCCCAAAAAGACUCCGGCUGCCAUCUCUGAGUCACACAUCCCGUGGAAUGGAGGCCGGCAGAGACUGAGCGACAUGAGCAUUUCCACCUCCUCGUCCGACUCGCUGGACUUCGAUCGGAGCAUGCCGCUUUUCGGCUAUGAGGGGGACACCAACAGCAGCCUGGAGGACUUUGAGGGGGAGAGUGACCAGGAGAGCAUGGCACCCCCUCUAAAGCCCAAGAAGAAAAGAAGCAGUUCGUUCGUUCUCCCCAAGAUUGUGAAAUCUCAGCUACGGAAAGUCAGUGGAGUUUUCAGUUCCUUCAUGACCCCCGAGAAGAGGAUGAUUAAGAAAAUUGCAGAGUUGUCCCGGGACAAACGUACCUAUUUUGGAUGCUUAGUGCAGGACUAUGUCAGCUUUCUGCAAGAAAACAAGGAGUGCCAUGUUUCCAGCACUGACAUGCUGCAAACAAUUCGUCAGUUCAUGACCCAAGUCAAGAACUACUUGUCCCAAAGCUCUGAACUCGAUCCCCCAAUCGAAUCACUGAUUCCUGAAGACCAAAUAGAUGUUGUGCUGGAGAAGGCCAUGCAUAAGUGCAUUCUGAAGCCUCUGAAGGGUCACAUUGAAGCGAUGUUGAAAGAGUUUCAUACCACAGAUGGUUCCUGGAAACAACUGAAGGAAAACCUGCAGCUGGUGAGGCAGAGGAAUCCUCAGGAACUGGGUGUGUUUGUCCCAACACCAGACUUUGUGGACGUUGAAAAGAUUAAAGUCAAGUUCAUGACUAUGCAGAAGAUGUAUUCACCUGAGAAGAAAGUCAUGCUGCUGCUGAGAGUUUGCAAAUUGAUUUACACUGUUAUGGAGAAUAACUCAGGGAGGCUGUAUGGAGCUGAUGACUUCUUGCCUGUGUUGACAUAUGUGCUAGCCCAGUGUGAUAUGCUGGAGCUGGAUACUGAAAUCGAGUACAUGAUGGAGCUGUUGGAUCCGUCCUUGCUGCAUGGAGAAGGGGGCUAUUACUUGACCAGUGCUUAUGGAGCACUUUCACUGAUCAAGAACUUCCAGGAGGAACAAGCUGCCCAGCUGCUCAGCUCAGAGGCCAGGGACACGCUCCGGCAGUGGCACAAGAGGAGGACAACAAACAGGACAAUACCUUCAGUUGAUGAUUUUCAGAACUACCUUCGUGUUGCAUUCCAGGAGGUUACCAGCGGCUGUACAGGAAAGACUUUGCUAGUAAGGCCUUACAUCACUACCGAAGAUGUCUGUCAGCUUUGUGCUGAGAAGUUUAAAGUGGCAAAUCCAGAAGAAUACAGGCUGUUUCUUUUUAUUGAUGACACCUGGCAACAACUGACAGAGGAUACCUACCCUCAGAAAAUCAAGGCAGAGUUGCACAGCCGUCCUCUGCCCCAGGUUUUUCACUUUGUCUACAAGCGCCUUAACAGCGACCCAUAUGGGGCCAUUCUUCAGAACAGCCACGACUCGGCUGCUUAGAACCAGCAACCUGCCAUUUUUAUAUCUGUUCCUUGGUAAUUGUUACAAACAUCUUUGUUGGCUGCCUUCCUUAGGAGCUAAAACAUGCCUUAAACCUAAAGUGCCUGGUGAAACACGUGCUGACAGUUGUGAUGUCGCUUACAGGACCCAGGGGCACUGUGCACGUGGCCAGCUAUGCAGAAUAUUCCACCAGCAUGUCUUGAGGAGACAGCCCAUGAGCCUGCAUUUCCUGUACCAUGGGCUCUUUUGCAGCAUAUUCUACUGUGGCCUUUCACAGGUCUUGGCUGUAGUGUGCAAAAUAUGAUUUUCUUCCACUCCUUGUUUCCCCAGCUGUCACUUGCAUUUGAAUCCGAGUGCGUCCGUGGGCUGGGGUGAGCUCAGUUCUGCCAGCAGGAGUUUGACAAGACUGUCCGAUGCAGGGCAUCAGUUCACUCAGCAUUACCUGGAUGGUUGCAUCCUUGUCUAAUUUUUUUGAUUACAGAAAAUUUUCAUGUUUAUAUAUAUAUAUAUAUAUAUAUAUAUAUAAAAUAGAUAUUUUAUAGCAGUUGCAGGUAAACUGUCAGGGUUGGUUUUUGAAAUAUUUUUUUAACUAAAAUAUUCUAUAAUUAUGCAUGUGAUUUUUAACAUUUAAUACACAAGAAUAAAUCUCUUGCUGGUUUUAGAGUCUUGCAUUGAUAGUCUGUGUGGUUUCUCUUCUUCACCUGUUCCAGGAGAAUUCUUAGGAAACCUCUGUACCCUUGAGGCAGUUUUGCUGUCUGUUCUCAGUUGUCUUCUGAAAAUCAGACCAUUUUAUUCAUUGUGCUGUGCAAAACAUGUCUGAGCCUCUCAUCACAUUCAUUCUGAGCACACUGUGUGUUUGACCCUCUGUCCUUCUCCAUGCCUCACUCAUGUUCCUCUUUUAUUCUGUGUGGUGCUUUCCAUGCCAUUCUUUCCACUGGAUACUUGUGAGCCAUUCCCUGUCCCUGUUCUUUUUUAAUCCCUCUCUGUAAUGCUGCCCAUCCCAGUCUGGUAUUCUUUGGAUGGUUGUUUUUUUAUUUUGAGGGUUUUUUGUUGGGGUGUUCUUGAUUUGGGUUUUGUUUCUUUGGGUUUUUGUUUU